AGUGAGCAUGGCCGGGGUGAGUAAGAACCUGCGGGAACUGGUGGGACCCCUGCUCCCGCCCAAGGACCAGGUGGAGGAGGAAGAUGAGUUUGCGAUGGGAGAUGGGGAGGAGGAAGCGGAAGACUCUGUGUUUGUGGACGCCGAGGAGCUCUGCAGCGGGGGCGUCAAGGCUGGCGGCCUCCCCUGGCGUCAGCAUGUUGUCAUUCAUGAUGAAAACACUCAAGAGCAGUGUAAAGUGGUUGGACGUUUUCCGAUAAUGGGUCCUUGGUGGCAAGUGAAGGUACAGGUAAAGCCUGUAGGAUCAAGGAAAUAUAUAGUUCAAGGGUUUCCAUCAUACUUUUUACGAUCCAACAUGUCACCACCAGAUCAAAAAAAUAUCUGUUCUCUGUUUCUUAAAGAAUGUGGGAUCCCCUGUGAGGUGGUAAGUCAGUUUUUAGCAUGGGUAAAGAAAGCAUCAAGCUAUGAAGACCUAAGCUUUGAAAAUCUUAAGGAAACAUUAAGAACUUUCUACAAGGAAAUUAGAAAGAAAGAUAAAAGACAGUCUGCAAAAAAUGAACAGCCGGAGUUAUUACCAGAUAAUGAGAUAAGUCUUCUGGAAAACCAAAUUCCAUUUGUACAUGUCAUGACAGCUUUGCAGUUUCCAAAAAUCAUGGAAUUUCUUCCAGUUCUUUUGCCUCGAUACUUUAAACGGCUUAUCAGCACAGAUUCUAAAGUGGUAUUGGAAGCAAUCGAAGAGAUUUUAGGUACACAACCAUGGAAGCUGGGAUUUAGUAGAAUAACCUACAGAGACUUGAAGCUUUUGCGAUGUGAGGCAAGUUGGACAGCAUUCUCUCAGUGCCCGUCUCUUCUCCAGUUGAUGACUGAUUUGGAGAAAAAUGCAUUGGAUCUAUAUUCUAAAUUGAAGCAGAUAUGUAGAGAACAUGGGCACACAUAUGUUGAACAAGCGUCCUUAACCUCACAGUUGUAUUACGAUGUUUGGCAGUCUCUGGAGUUUCUGAAGGAUAUUGGUGUGGUGACAUUUAGGAAGGACUGUGUCUUUCUCCAUGAACUGUACCAGGCAGAAAGAAGCAUUGCCUCUUUAAUAUGUGACCUCAUGAAGAGACCUCCAUGGCAUUUACAUGUCGAUGUCAGGAAGGUGCUGGCAUCUAUUCAUACCACAAAACUCAAGGAUUCAAGAAGUGAGGAAUCACUGAAGGAAAGUAAACCCGAUGAAACAAGAUUAGAAAAUUCUAUAGACAUUUUGGAACUACAGGACAGUGAUGAUCAUAUUUGGGAUGAAGAAAAUGAUAUUAAUGCAGAAAUGAAUGAAGUACAACUGGAUCAUGAUCAGGUUACUGCUUUGGAAAUGAUUUGCUCCAAUGCUGUGACAGUCAUUAGUGGGAAGGGUGGCUGUGGGAAGACCACAAUUGUUAGCCGUCUUUUUAAGUACAUAGAGCAGUUUGAAGAAAGUGAAGUAAAGAAAGCUUGUGAAGAUUUUGAACAAGAUCAGGAUGUCCCAGAAGAGUGGACUACCUUUACUGAACAAGGUCAAAGUGGAUCAGACAAGCCUAUAGAAGUUUUGCUCACAGCUCCUACAGGGAAAGCAGCUGGCUUACUGAGAGAGAAAACCAGUCUUCCUGCUUAUACACUGUGUCAGGUCAAUUAUAGCUUUUAUUUUUGGACCAAAAACCUGAAGAAGAAGAAUUUGGCAUGGAAAUUUUCUUCAGUUAGAGUUCUGGUUGUGGAUGAAGGGAGUUUGGUAUCUGUAGGAAUCUUCAAAUCAGUUUUAAAAUUAUUGUGUGAGCAUUCCAGACUUUCUAAGCUUAUUAUCCUUGGUGAUAUUAGACAGCUACCCAGUAUUGAACCUGGAAACUUGUUGAAAGAUCUUUUUGAUACUCUUAAGUCAAGAAAGUGUGCUAUUGAGCUAAAGACAAAUCAUAGAGCAGAAUCUCAGCUAAUUGUUGACAAUGCUACACGAAUCUCAGAACGCCAGUUUCCAAAAUUUGAUGCGGAACUAAAUAUCUCUGAGAAUUCUGCAUUCCCCAUCUCAAUUCAAGAUAAGACAUUCAUUUUUGUCAGACUCCUAGAAGAAUAUGCCAGUUCCCAGUCAUCUAAAAGUGAUCAUAAGUCCUAUUUAUAUUCUGCGGUUAAAGCUUUAUUGCAAGAAAGUGAUUUUAAAAGUGCAGAAACAUCACAAUUCAUUGCAUUUAGAAGGCAAGACUGUGACUUAAUCAAUGACUGCUGUUGUAAGCACUACACUGGCCAUCUCACCAGAGACCAUCAGAAGAGACUCAUAUUUGGAAUUGAUGAUAAAAUUUGUUGUACCAAGAAUGCAUACCUCUCAGAGUUACUUCCUGAAAAUCCUUCUGAAACUGAGCCAAAUAGUGAUUUACAGGCCAGUGGUGAAGGCUUUUGUGGUACUCCUCAUGAUUUUUCUAAAAAUAAGCAUGAACUUGAAAGUGGUAUUCGGCUAUGUAAUGGAGAAAUAUUUUUCAUAACAAAUGAUGUAACUGAUGUGACUUUUGGAAAGAGAAGAUCUGUGACUAUUAGUAAUAUGGCUGGCUUGGAAGUAACUGUGGAUUUUAGAAAACUAAUGAAAUACUGUCACAUAAAACAUGCCUGGGCCAGAACUAUUCAUACUUUUCAGGGGUCUGAGGAGCACACUGUUGCCUACGUGGUGGGAAAGGCAGGCCGCCAGCACUGGCAGCACGUCUACACUGCGGUCACCAGGGGCCGCUGCAGAGUGUACGUCAUUGCGGAAGAGUCUCAGCUCCAGAGUGCAAUCAGAAGACCAGAUAUUCUCAGGCAAACUCGUCUAAAACACUUCUUGCAAAAUGAGCUCUCUGUUAGAUGUGCUUCUCUGGCAGAUCGUCCAUCUCAGCCUGAGAGCUCUGGAGAGAGUGGAGGACCCAGCCUGCCAGCAGCACCCCUCCCUAAAGACACAACCAACACUGUCACAGGUGGUGUUGCCAAGAGCCAGUCCUCUUUGGCUGAUGACGGGAUGGCUACCUUUGUGAGAGGGUGGAGGUUUUCUUCAUUUGAUGAAAUGUAUACAGAUGAGGAUUUGUCACCACCUCCAGGGUCCAAAAGAACCUCUGGUGUGCACACCUGUGACAGUCCAAGCAAAGUUUCCAAGGUGGAAGAACCAUCUCCACAAGUGUCUUCUAAACUUCAGAAUUUGAGACUAAAUAAAUUAAUUCCCAAGCAACUUUUCAAGCCCAUAGACAAUCAAGAAAACUUCACUUCAGAUUGCUCAAAAUAAUCAUGCAUUGUUUUUCCUUUAAAACAAAAGAUGCCUCAGAGUUUCAAGAUGAAAGAGGAUCCCUAUAACUGGAAUUUUACUUCAAGACAAUUGUGUUUAGAAGAUGUUUUAAAUUGAUUUGAUCAAAGAGAACCUUAAUGAUUUCAAUGUCUGUUAUCGUGAGAACUAGAAGCAUUGGACAUAAAUGAGGGGAAAAAAGAAAAUGUGUGUGGAAAAAAUCCCCUGUAGUUCCAGAUAUGCUGCACUUUUUUAGGAUAAUGUUUAACUUCCAUGAUCAUUGUGGGUUUCUUUGCCAGUGGGUGGAAGCAGUGGCAAAGGUAAACUGUCAUCGUGUCCGUUGAUAUUGAUGCACAUUCAGGGAUGUCCUGGCUUCUGAAUCAUGGUCAUGUACAGGUUGCUGCUUCCUGUGCUGUUCAGGCCCAGCACACCUGGGACUUUUCCUGGUAAUCCCUUCUGAGUUAGGAGCAUAUUGUUUUGAAUAUAUCCCAUUUGGGGAAGAUUUUUCUUAGAGUGAUUUGAUUUUAAAUUUUUACUGUUAAAUAGUGCUAUGGUUUGUGUCUCCCAAAGUUCACAUGUUGGCAGCUUAAUUUCCAACCCCCAGUGUUGGGAGGUGGGGUCUAAUGUGAAGUGUUGAGAUCCUGAGUGUGUUAGCAACUGGGGCAGUGGGUUCCUGUUGAAAAGCAAAUUCUGCCCCUUCUUGUUCUCUCCAGAUCUCAUGUCCUUCUGCCUUGUGCCAUGAAGCAGGAAUGCCCUCGCCAGAUCCCAGCUCCUUGAUUAAAGCAUGCCUUGUUUUAUUGCACUUUGGUUUAUUAUACUUCUCAGAUAUUGUGUUAUUUAGAAAUUAAAAUUUUGUGGCAACCUUGCGUUGAGCAAGUACAUUACCAUAAUUUUUCUAACAGCUCAGAAAAUAACAAUUUUUAGCCAGAAAGUAUUUUUAGUUAAGAUACAUAUAUUUUUAAAAGAUAUAAUGCUAUUGCAUAUGUAAUAGACUACCAAUGUAGUGUAAACAUAACUUUUAUUUGCGGUGAGAAACCAAAAAAUUCUUGUGAUUCAUUUUAUUGUCAUAUUGUCUUUAUUGCAGUUGUUUGGAACCAAACCUACAAUACGUCUAAGGUAUUCCCGUAUUGGACUUCUCAGCCUAAAUUACCCAAUCUGUCAUAUUCUUUUAUAUCAGUCCUGUGGUGCAGAUGUGACCUUUAAUGUCACAGGAGAGGAAGCUACCUCAUGGUAGGUGUCAUACUGCCAGUGAGUAGCAGGGCUGGAAUUGAAAUCCAGAUCUGAUUUCAAAGCCCAUAAUCUUCCUACUUAUCCGUGGUGCUUUUCAGUUUUAUGGCAAACCCCUCCCCCCCACCCCCACCCCGGAAAAUUGUA